UUCACAAGGGCGGGGCUAAAGUAAUAACCACACCUACAACAAGAUGUCUCUCGAUUCUGUCCCUAAAGAUCUUCGUGGCUUAAGAGCUUGCAAGCUGUGCUCUAUGGUUAAGUCGUUUGAUCAGUUUCUUUACAAUGGUUGUGACAAUUGCGAGAGAUACAUUCACUUGAAAGGGAACAGGGGUCGAGUUAAUGACUGUACAAGUCCUAACUUUGAUGGGCUAAUAUCAAUGAUGAGUAACGAAGACAGUUGGGUAGCAAAAUGGCAGAGAAUAAAUAAGUUCACUAAAGGAUGCUAUGCAGUAUCAGUGUCAGGAGAACUGCCUGAAGAUAUACUGGACGAGUUGAGAGAGAGAGGUGUGGUGUAUCAAUCACGUGACACCUCCGAUGCCAGCUAACGGAUCGGAACAGAACCACACUUGAUAAAACAUUUGCAUGUACAUGUAUUCAUUGAUUUUGUCUCAUCAAUUAAAUAAUUAU